GGAGCCAGAAGACUGGACCCUUAGGGUCCUCUUUGAGAUCGUCACCAGAGAGGAUUUGAAUCGUUGUCGCAGGAUUGCCCUUCAUAAAUAGUCCUCUAAGCUUAGCAUCUGACUCCAACCUCCAUUCUAUACAUCAGAUGAAAACAGUGAUUCCCAGAAAUCUGAACUGCAGACACCUAGUCUUCCCCGCCCCACUGCAGCUGCUACACAUUAGACAGCCAGCAUCCUGGAAAGCAGAACCGCCUCCAUCAUCUCUGCUUCUUUUGUUCUGUGUUCUAAGUCAUUCUGCCUGAGGUGACCCCUCUGCAGAUUGUCAAACUCAAUUUGCAGUGCAGCUUCUGGCUCUGGCAGCUUUGCUAAAUGUUGAACUGAGAUGGCUCAAGCCUGACAUUCCAUGAUCUGGGAUCCUAACAUGUGGACAGGCUGCUGCUAUUGCUGCUGUGGAUGAUUUAAAAGCACCAGGCAGUCUAAGGCCAGGAGAAGAGGCAUUCCUUCUGCCUGGAUGUGUGGGAACUCCUUGCCAACUUCACUGGUGGAUCUGGGGGUGGGGAUCCACCCCCACCCCACGAAGAAAGCACAGUCCAUUUUGUAGGUGAGGCUUCAGGUGCCAAUCCCUGAAGAAUGGCCACCCCUGUGGUCACCAAGACAGCCUGGAAGUUGCAAGAGAUUGUUGCCCAUGCCAGCAAUGUGUCCUCGCUGGUGUUGGGCAAAGCCUCAGGACGGCUGCUGGCCACGGGUGGGGAUGACUGCCGAGUCAACUUGUGGUCCAUCAACAAGCCCAACUGCAUCAUGAGCCUGACAGGUCACACGUCCCCAGUGGAGAGUGUCCGCCUCAACACCCCGGAGGAGCUCAUUGUGGCCGGCUCCCAGUCGGGCUCCAUCCGAGUCUGGGACCUGGAAGCUGCCAAAAUUCUUCGCACACUCAUGGGACACAAAGCCAACAUCUGCAGCCUGGACUUCCACCCUUAUGGCGAGUUUGUGGCCUCUGGUUCCCAGGACACAAACAUCAAACUCUGGGACAUCAGGAGGAAGGGCUGCGUCUUCCGGUAUAGGGGGCACACCCAGGCUGUGCGGUGUCUCCGCUUCAGCCCUGAUGGGAAGUGGUUGGCGUCAGCCGCAGAUGACCACACAGUGAAGCUCUGGGACCUGACUGCUGGCAAGAUGAUGUCCGAGUUCCCUGGUCACACGGGGCCUGUGAACGUGGUAGAGUUUCACCCCAACGAGUACCUCCUUGCUUCUGGCAGCUCCGACAGGACGAUCCGUUUUUGGGAUCUGGAGAAGUUCCAGGUGGUGAGCUGCAUUGAAGGAGAGCCAGGGCCUGUCAGGAGUGUCCUCUUCAACCCAGAUGGCUGCUGCCUGUACAGUGGCUGCCAGGACUCACUCCGUGUCUAUGGCUGGGAGCCCGAGCGCUGCUUUGAUGUGGUCCUUGUCAACUGGGGCAAGGUGGCUGACCUGGCCAUCUGCAAUGACCAGCUGAUAGGCGUGGCCUUCUCCCAAAGCAACGUCUCCUCCUACGUGGUGGACCUGACGCGAGUCACUAGGACAGGCACAGUGGCCCAGGACCCCGUGCAAGACAGCCGGCCCCUGACGGAGCAGUCACCCAACCCCAAUGCCCCACUCCGGCGCAUCUACGAGCGGCCCAGCACGACCUGCAGCAAGCCCCAGAGGGUGAAGCACAACUCAGAGAGCGAGCGCCGCAGCCCCAGCAGCGAUGACGACAGGGACGAACGUGAGUCCCAGGCUGAGAUCCAGAAUGCUGAGGACUACAAUGAGAUCUUCCAGCCCAAGAACAGCAUCAGUAGGACGCCACCCCGAAGAAGCGAGCCCUUCCCAGCACCCCCUGAAGACGACGCAGCCACAGUGAAGGAGGCAGCAAAGCCCAGCCCAGCUAUGGACGUGCAGUGCGCAAUGCCAAACCUCGAGGUCCCAGUCCAGCCCCCAGUGCUGACAUCCACGCCUACACCCAAGGGUGAGCCUGCCAUCAUCCCUGCCACUCGGAAUGAGCCCAUUGGCCUGAAGGUCUCUGACUUCUUGCCUGCUGUGAAGAUCCCCCAGCAGGCAGAGCUGCUGGAUGAAGACGCCAUGUCACAGAUCCGCAAAGGCCACGACACCAUGUGCGUGGUGCUCACCAGCCGCCACAAGAACCUGGACACCGUGCGGGCUGUGUGGACCACAAGUGACAUCAAGACAUCCGUAGACUCUGCUGUGGCCAUCAACGACCUAUCAGUGGUGGUGGAUCUCCUGAACAUAGUCAACCAGAAAGCCUCCCUGUGGAAGCUGGACCUGUGCACCACCGUCCUGCCACAGAUCGAGAAGCUUCUGCAGAGCAAGUAUGAGAGCUAUGUCCAGACAGGCUGCACUUCCCUGAAGCUGAUCCUGCAGCGCUUCCUGCCCCUGAUCACAGACAUCCUUGCUGCCCCGCCCUCCGUGGGUGUUGAUAUCAGCCGUGAGGAGAGGCUUCACAAGUGCCGGCUCUGCUACAAGCAGCUCAAGAGCAUCACUGGCCUUGUCAGGAGCAAGUCCAGCCUGAGUGGCCGCCACGGUAGUGCCUUCCGGGAGCUGCACCUGCUCAUGGCUGCUUUGGACUGAGGGAUUCAGUGAGGGGCGCACCCAGCAGCCCUCAGGGCCUGGCCUCCCUCCUCUUCCCUGUGUGCCCACUGGCCCAUGAGCCUCUGACUGUUCUCUACUGUUCCUGAGGCCAUCCUGGAGGUGGCCGAGUGGGCCCUGACCGUGUUCAUCCUUCAACAGCUGCCCUGCUUUGCCCAACUCUUGCUUCUUGGGGCAGCAAACACAGCCCCUGGGCUGCUGCUAUAAUUUAUAGGCAGAUUUUAUUAAAUUUGUAACUGUUCCCUGUUUCA